AUGAAUUUCCACAAAGGGCAACCGAAGGAAGAUCUUCGGGUCCUCUUUGGACCACAAUGCCCGGACAUCACAGAUUCUAUCACUCACAUACGAGAUGCCAUAUCCAAAGAUCCCACAGGUUUGGGAUUUCUCACAAAUAUUCUCGACGAAUUACCCUCCUUAUGGCCAACAAUCGCCGGUGCCUGGCCAGCUUUGAAGAAUGUCGAAGGCGAGAAUCAACUGCUUGCACUCGGCCGCCUUUUUGAGCAUGAGAGUGAAGUCAGGGUAGAAGCUUCAAACCUCAUGAUGACCCCAAUAACUGUUAUGAGACACGUCGUUGAUUUCUGGAAUCUCCAAGAUGUUGCCACACAUCCAGCAUUCCCUUCAUCUUCAUUAUCUGAGACAGAAAUGCCAAGGAUAGUUGAUACUCAAGGAUUCUGCGUGGGUCUGCUUGCAGCAAUUGCGGUGGCUUGCUCUCGAAACACACAGGAGUUCCAAUAUGUGGCGUCAAACGCCAUACGCCUUUCUCUUUGCAUUGGAGCGCUAGUGGACUUGGAUGAGAUUUUGUGUGGCUCAACCACGUCACUGGCAGUCAGGUGGGAGUCCGUAGAGGACUUCAACCAUCUCGAAAAAAUCCUAAACAACAACACUGAAGGAUACACAUCAUGCUACACAGACGUCAAAAGUGUCACCAUCACUAUCCCCAAUGACAGCGCAGAACGAGUGAAGCAGGAGAUCCAUGAUCAUGGGCUGCGUACAAAGCAACUAUCCCUCCGAGGGCGAUUCCAUCAUGAGGCACACCGUGAGGGAAUCCAACACAUCAUGAAGUUAUGCAUGAAUGAUUCUCGUUUCAAGCUUCCUCGCAGUGAUGCCUUAUUAACUCCGCUUCGGUCAAGCCAGGGCGGGGAGAUAUUCCAACAAGAAGCAUUACUACACACUGUUGCACUGGACUCAAUUCUUUGUGCCAAAGCAAACUGGUACGACGUUGUCUCCGCUUUGAUCAACAGCACAGAAAUGACAGUUGAUCAAUCUCGCCUACUGUCUAUUGGACCCGAGGAGUUCGUUCCACGGUCUGCGAGGAGUAGGUCGGUGGCACGAAGAGAACUUGAGAGCUACGGAAUGCAAGGAUUUGCCAACGAAAGCCCACAGCCCUCCACGGCGUCCUUGUCAAACUCUGUGCAGACCUUCGACUCUCGUCCGCAGGCGGCUGAGGCGUCGCCCAUCGCCAUCACCGGCAUGGCAUGUCGGUAUCCCAACGCAGACACACUCGCUCAGCUGUGGGAGCUACUUGAGUUAGGUCGGUGCACAGUGAAGUCGCCCCCUGAGAGCCGAUUCCAUAUGUCCGACUUGCAACGCGAGCCCAAAGGCCCAUUCUGGGGUCACUUUCUGGAGCGCCCAGACGUCUUUGACCAUCGCUUUUUCAAUAUUUCGGCUCGGGAAGCCGAAUCCAUGGACCCCCAGCAGCGCGUCGCGCUGCAGGUAGCAUACGAAGCCAUGGAGUCUGCUGGAUACUUAGGAUGGCAGCCAAACAGGCUCUCACAGGAUAUUGGGUGUUACGUCGGUGUCGGAUCUGAAGAUUACACAGAGAAUGUGGCAUCAAGGAACGCUAAUGCGUUCUCGAUCACGGGAACCCUGCAGUCGUUCAUUGCAGGGCGGAUCAGCCAUCACUUCGGCUGGUCAGGCCCCUCAAUCAGCUUGGACACAGCGUGCUCAUCGGCGGCAGUAGCUAUUCAUCUGGCAUGCAAAGCUCUGCAAACAAACGAUUGCAAGAUCGCUUUGGCCGGUGGUGUGAAUGUUUUGACAAACCCCAGAGUGUACCAGAACCUGAGUGCUGCGUCUUUCCUGUCACCAAGCGGAGCGUGCAAGCCAUUUGACGCUUCCGCUGAUGGAUACUGCCGCGGAGAGGGCGCCGGGUUAUUCGUUCUGCGACCAUUGCAGGAUGCAAUUGACAACGGAGAUCCAAUUCUCGGUGUAAUCGCUGGAUCAGCUGUCAACCAGGGCUCCAACAAUUCACCAAUCACAGUCCCCGAUGCGGAAGCCCAACGGUCACUCUACAACAAGGCUAUGUCGCUCGCUGGAGUUUCUCCUGACGAAGUCACCUAUGUGGAAGCCCAUGGCACUGGCACCCAAGUCGGGGAUCCCAUUGAGCUGGACAGCCUUCGAAGAACGUUUGGUGGCCCUCACCGCAGAAACAACCUUCACAUCGGAUCGAUCAAGGGAAAUAUCGGGCAUACUGAGACAUCCUCUGGGGCCGCGGGUCUGCUGAAGACCAUCCUUAUGCUCCAACAACAACGCAUCCCGAGACAGGCAAACUUCAAUCAGUUAAAUCCCAAGGUCAAGUCUCUCACACCCGACCGGCUAGUGAUCGCUUCAGAGUCGACUGAGUGGGUGUCGACCAAACGAGUUGCCAUGGUCAGCAACUACGGAGCAUCGGGAAGCAACGCGGCGCUCAUAGUGAAGGAGCACGCACCCAUCGGCUCCGAGCAAAAUGGAACAGCCCCUGAGUAUAUCCAAAAUGUACCAAUCUUGGUCUCCGCUCGGUCUGAAGAAUCCCUCCGGGCUUACUGCGGUGCCCUUCGAGCGACUCUUUUGAGCCACCCACCAUCUGAAACUCUGGUGCAGAAGUUGGCAUACAACCUCGCGAUGAAGCAAAACCGGGACCUUCCACUCAAUCUCACAUUUUCAACUUCUUCGGACACAACCUCGCUGGGCGCCCGACUGGAGGCCAUUUCCACGGGCGCAUCUGCCGAUCUGAUUCAGAAGCGGCCUUCCAAUGAGCCCCCAGUUGUUUUGUGUUUCGGUGGUCAGAAUGGACUUACGGCAACCAUUUCGAAGGAAGUUUUCGACGCCUCCGCUCUUCUACGGACCCACCUCGAAGAUUGCGAGGAAGUGGGCCGCACGCUUGGCCUUCUCAGUCUUUUCCCAACUAUCUUCAGCUCAGCCCCAAUCACAAACAUCAUCCAUUUGCAUUUCAUACUCUUCUCUAUUCAGUAUGCUUCUGCAAAGGCAUGGCUGGACUCUGGACUUCGUGUCAGUCGCAUUGUGGGACACAGCUUUGGUCAGUUGACUGCGUUGUCUGUGGCGGGCAGCUUGAGCGUUCGCGAUGGCAUUCACCUAGUCACUGAGCGUGCUCGCCUCAUUGAAUCCAGCUGGGGCCCAGAAUCUGGGAUCAUGCUCGCCGUUGAAGGGACGGAGAUUGAGGUCCAACAGCUGCUAGACCAGACGGGUCAUAUCGCUGACGUUGCCUGCUACAAUGGGCCACGACAGCAAGUACUGGCAGGUACAGUGGAAUCUAUCGAGGCCAUUGAGAACGCCGCUGCUAGAACCCCGUCUGCAUCAAACUUGCGGUUGACUCGGCUGCAAAAUUCCCAUGCUUUCCAUUCUCGACUUGUCGAUAGCAUUGUGCCCGGCAUCAUGGAGGUGGCUGGGUCCCUUGUUUACCAGACACCGAUCAUUCCCAUCGAAGCCUGCUCUGCAAGUGGUGACUGGUCGACCAUCACAGCGGCUGAGAUUGUGGAGCACAGCCGCAUGCCUGUGUAUUUCCGACGUGCUGUUGAGCGAGUAGCUGAAAAGCUACAAGCCCCCGCCGUCUGGCUGGAAGCAGGAUCCGCUUCACCCAUCAUACCAAUGGUACGCCGAGUGCUAGAGAGCUCUUCGGUUGCGAACACAUACCACAAAAUUGAUUUGGGUGGUUCAAGCGGAGCCCAAAAUUUGGCAAACGUCACUAGCGCCCUCUGGGCACAGGGUGUACACGUUCAGUUCUGGCCUUUCGAUCGGGCCCAGCAUGCAAGCUUCAAAUGGAUGAACCUUCCACCAUAUCAGUUUGCCCAAAACAGCCACUGGGUUGACUUUGACCCUGCAGCGUUUUCAUCUGCUGGACCUUCGUCUGGAAAGCAGUCCGCAGGACAAGAAGCAGGCCUUCUGUGUCAAUUGAGCGAGAGCCCAGAUGAGCGUCUCUAUCAUGUUAACAUUCAAGAUGCCCUCUACAGAGCAUGCACCCAGGGUCACGCAGUUCUGAAUCAGACAUUGUGUCCCGCCUCCAUGUACAUGGAGAUGGUUUUGCGGGCAGCAGCCUCCAUUUUCCCCACGGGCAACGCCUCUGAGCCAGCCAUGUCACAUAUCGAGGAUCUCACCAUCUCCUCGCCCUUGGUAUUGGACCCACAAGGAAAGGUGUUCCUGAGACUCACCCGCGAUGGAGCGGGUCCUACUCGACCAUGGCUCUUUUCGAUCUUCAGCAGUGAGUCAAAUGAUCAUACAUUGGUCCACGCUGAAGGUACCGUGUGUCUUCACCAGGAGCGGUCCAGGGCUCUGGCGCGCUUCCAGUCCAUGGAUCGACUGCUGGACUCGGCACGAAGCAAAACCAUUGAAGCGGACCCUGCUUCAAACGGGUUGAAGGGCUCUACUGUCUAUGCUGCUCUUGAAUCAGUAACAAACUAUGGAGACUACUUCCGUGGCGUGAAGCAGGUAUUUGCAAACGGUCGGGAAGCCAGUGGACUGGUGUCCAUGAUGCCAUCAACCACCGAGACCAACUGCAACCCCAUUCUGCUAGACAACUUCCUCCAAGUUGCUGGAAUUCACGUCAACUGCCUUUCUGAUCGCCAGUCAAGCGAGGUCUUUGUCUGCAACGCUAUUGGGGAAACAUUUGUUAUCAACUCCUUGCUCAAGCAAGAGAAUGGUGCUUCCCCCUCGACAUGGAAGGUGUACACCAGCUACGUCCGGCCGUCUAAGACUGAGAUCGCGUGCGACAUCUAUGUGAUGGACUGCCAAACAGAUACACUCUCUGCGGCAAUGAUGGGUGUUCGAUUUACGAGCGUCUCAAUCCGCUCUCUCACUCGCGCGCUGGCCAAGCUGAAUAACAAUGUUCUAGAGACCGCUGAAGCUCAAUCAGUUGUCGAGGCCGCGAUUCCGGCUGAGCAAUCAGUUGUUACAGCCACCCCUAGUGCACCGGCUGCCGAUGGACAUGCGGCUAACGAUCUUGCCACUGUCCAGGAAAUGCUCUGUGAGCUCUUUGGAGUCAGUGUCGCAGAGGUCUCUCCUUCAGUGUCGCUGGUAGACAUUGGAGUGGACUCUCUCAUGAGCACUGAAGUUCUUUCUGAAAUCAAGAAGAGGUUCCAAGUCGAUAUGUCGUAUACCACUUUGGUGGACAUCCCCAACAUUCAAGGUCUGGUGGAACAUAUCUUCCCCGGGCAUUCUCACGCUGCCCCCUCACGGCCUGUUGUUGAAAAAGCGCCAGUACAGUCGGUGGCACCACAAGCUGUAUCCCAUGUACCGACACCGGCUAGCAAUGGACCACCACUAGUCUCAGUGGCCCGCCAGUGUUUUGACACAACGCACGCAGCAGUAUCUCACACCUCCGAUGCUCACUGGGCUGGCUUCUUCCACACCACUUACCCAAAGCAAAUGUCACUUCUCACUGCUUACAUUCUCGAGGCAUUCCGAGCCUUGGGCUCUUCGCUGGAGGCGAGUGAGCCAAACGAAGUGCUCACCCCAAUCGCAGUGCUUCCCCGUCACGAGCAGCUGAGAAAGCAUCUUUACAAAAUCUUGGAUUCUGUCGGCUUGGUCCGCCAGAUGUCCACUGGGGAGCUUGUGCGCACGACAACACCCAUCCCGUUGUCGCGGUCGCAUGACCUGCACACGCAGAUAAGGGCGGAAUAUCCUCCGUAUGCCCUGGAGCAUGAUCUUCUUCAAAUCACAGCCCCUCGGCUCGCUGACUGUCUCACCGGAAAAGCGGACGGAGUAUCUCUGAUUUUCCAGGAUGCGAACACUCGGCGCUUGGUAGGCGAUGUGUACGCACAAUCUCCAGUUUUCAAAUCGGGUAACCUUUAUCUUGCGCGUUACCUUUUGGAUGUUGUUCAAUCAUUUGGAAGCAGCCGGACUAUCAAGAUUCUUGAGAUUGGUGCCGGCACAGGAGGUACCACCAAGAAUCUCCUCGAGAAAUUGUCCACAAUUCCUGGACUGUCGACGCGUCUGGAGUACACAUUCACAGACAUCUCGCCAUCACUUGUUGCAGCUGGACGGAAGACCUUCUCUAACUACAACUUCAUGCGAUAUGAAACUCUGAAUGUUGAAAAUGACCCCCCCUCAGCUUUGAGUGGUCAAUACGAUAUCGUGCUUUCGACAAAUUGUGUCCAUGCUACCCGCAACCUCCAGGAAUCUUGCACGAACAUUCGCAAGCUUCUGAGACCUGACGGAAUUUUGUGUCUUGUCGAGCUGACUCGUGACAUCUUCUGGUUGGAUCUUGUCUUUGGUCUCCUGGAAGGCUGGUGGCGAUUCGAAGACGGACGUGAACACGCGCUGGCUACUGAGAUGAUGUGGGAUCAGACUCUUCGUCAAUCUGGAUUUGAGUGGGUUGACUGGACAAACAAUGAGACCGUAGAGUCAAAUGCUCUGCGUGUCAUUGUCGCUUCGCCGACUGGAAACUCAUCCGCCGCGACAAUGUCUCCAUCGAAACCCAUAAAGAUGGAAACUGUGGUUUGGGGUGAGCGAGACAAUUUGCAGCUCCGUGCAGACAUCUACUAUCCCGAGACCGUGGACACUACUCGGAAGCAGCGACCGAUUGCCCUGAUGAUCCACGGAGGUGGCCACGUCAUGCUAUCUCGCAAGGACAUCCGUCCAGCCCAGACUCAGACCCUUCUGGAUGCCGGUUUCCUGCCUGUUAGCAUCGACUACCGCUUGUGCCCAGAAGUUUCACUAGCAGAAGGCCCAAUGGCCGAUGCCCGCGACGCUCUGUCCUGGGUUCGCCGCGUCCUCCCGAACAUUCCCUUGCUGCGCGCAGAUAUUCGACCCGACGGGAACCAGGUUGUUGCUAUCGGAUGGUCUACUGGUGGUCAUCUCGCCAUGACGCUACCUUUCACGGCCCCAGCUGCUGGUAUUCCAGCUCCAGACGCUGUCUUGGCAUUCUACUGCCCGACCAAUUACGAGGAUCCAUUCUGGUCGAACCCAAACUUCCCCUUCGGACAGACAGUCGCAUCAAACGAGAUGGAGUACGAUGUUUGGGAAGGAUUGCAGAGCAUGCCGAUAGCCGGCUACAACCCUGCACUCAAGGAACGCCCUCUCGGAGGCUGGAUGUCAACGAGAGAUCCGCGCAGUCGGAUCGCACUGCACAUGAACUGGACUGGACAAACCUUGCCUGUUCUGUUAAAGGCAUGCACAAUCAAGGGUAACACCGAGAAAUGCAGCCCCGAUGACCUAUCUCGUCCGACAGAGGAGGACAUUCAGGCAGUCAGUCCCAAUUAUCAGAUCCGCGUCGGUCGCUACAACACGCCGACAUUUUUGAUUCAUGGAACAAGUGAUGACCUUGUUCCUUGUGCUCAGACGGAGUCCACGCAUGGUGCAUUGACGGCCAGCGGAGUCGAGGCGGAGCUUAGAGUGGUGCAGGAAGCUGCACACCUUUUCGACCUUUACCCAGCCUCACACGCUGGCCAGGAAGCAAAGGCCGCAGUGGCAGAAGGAUAUGAGUUCUUGAGAACACAUGUCCAGCUUUAG